GCACUUAGCGCAAUCGCUCGUCUACUUCACCAAGUAUCUUUCCCUUUCGCGUCCGAAUAUAUUUCCUUCGGCCUUUUUGUUUUUCCUCCUUCCAUCCGCCCCUCUCUCUCUCUCUCUCAAGUAGUUAGCUUUCUUUUCUUUAUUUUUACGCCAGCUCUGCUCACCUCAUCACGCGUUAUUUGUUUGCUCCGCGCUUCCCCACGCCAGUGUUUACAUGCGUGCGGGGGGUAGCUCGUAUGGGUAUUUCUCCCCCACGGUGUUCUUCUUUCCAGUUUUUCCCCCCUUCCCACCUCUACACAUACACACACUGAAGGAGAGAACGGGAGAGAGAGAGGGAUAGGCACAUUUAGCCGGCGUUGACGUCUCCGUUCCUGUUGCAUCGUCAAGUACUUCUGCAAAACGGCAACAACGCAAAUAAUAGAAAAAGAAAUGCAAAACCGCAGCGGCGUACGACGCCUGGAGGUGCCAUCGACGUGUCCCUGUCGCGUUGCUCUACAGCGCAUUCGUUAUUCUUAUUACUCUUUGUGUAUGUGUUUUCCUCCAGCUGUUGUCCCCGUGAGCAUUUCGUGGGAAAAGGGAGAAAAGUACAGCGGCGAGAGAGGCGCGGCAGCGCUUCCAGAAAGUCAUCGUCCCUCGUGUUCUUUGCCGUUGCUGUGUGCUUUCCCCCACUCGAAGCUCACGAACCGCAACAUGAAUGGAUUAGCGGCUCUCCGUCCCUUCUCCCACUCGUCCGUUUUCUGCAUAUUUUUGGUACUCUUCUUCUCCUUCACGUCCGCAAAAACUCAAAGAGAAAAGCGCAGUAUUUUAUUUCUUUUAAAGGAAUUUCUAGAACCGGUUCACUGCAAAGAGCAACGUGCAUGCAGAAGCAGCUACACUCGCACCCAUCGAAGAACCUCUCCCACACGCACUCUAACACAGACACGCAAUGGCUGCCGUCAGCGCACUUCUCCGUGUCCUCAGUGUGACGCUGUUGCUGCUGGUCAUCGCCGUGGCGGUGCCGACGCACGCGUGGUGGGGCAAGGGCCACAUGGCCGUCGCCGAGAUCGCACGCCGCAACCUCAAGCCGGACGUGCAGAAGAAAGUGGAGGCGUGCGCCUCGGUGCUGAAGACGAUGGGGCCCUUCCCAAGCACCACUACGAUGGUGGAGGCAGCACCAUGGGCAGACGACCUCAAGUCCCUCGGCCUCACCACCAUGGCCACCUGGCACUUCAUCGACCAACCCUACAACCCAGACAACAUCACCAUGACGAUCAACCCGAUCGAGAACGUGAACGUGGCGACGGUGAUCCCGAUGCUGGUCACUGCCGUGACGGACCCUAAGGCCACCACCGACUCCAUCACCACCUCCAUCGCCAACCUCAUCCACUACGUCGGCGACAUCCACCAGCCGUUGCACGGCAGCUGCCUCUUCUCCGACAAAUACCCCAAAGGCGACGCCGGCGGCAACGCGCAGAGCGUUAUAGUGGACGACAAGGGCACGAAGCAGAAGCUGCACGCCUUCUGGGACUCGAUGGCGGAGGGGCCGCAGGUCGACCCGCCGCGCCCUCUCAGCCCCGCCACCUACGCGGAGCUGCAGGCCUUCGUGGACGACCUCAUCGCGAACAACAUAUUUACGGAGGCGGAGAAGAUGAACACCAACACCACGGUCAUGGCCAUGGAGAGCCUGGACAUGGCGAUCAAGUACGUCUACCCCGGCGCGGACAACGGCGCGGUGCUUACGCAGUCCUACAAGGACGCGGCGAAGGUGAUCUGCCACCAGCGCGUCACGCUCGCCGGCUACCGCCUCGCCACGGUCAUCAACAACGCCCUCGAGAACGUGCCCCUCAGCGCCAUCCUCAAGAGCGAGAAGGAGAUUCAAGAAGAGGUCGAGGUGACGCAGACGGGCGACACCUACAACUACUACGCCAUCAGCGGCGUCGAGCGCGGCGCCGCCGCCGGCAUCUUCCUCUCCUGCUUCGCCAUCGGCUGCCUGCUCGCCACCGCCGUGAUGUACGCCAUCUGCUUCGUACGCCGCUCGCAGCCCCGCGGGAAGAAGGCCGAGCACACAGUUGCGCCUGCCCACGACGUGGACGCCUAA